UCUUAUUCCAUGCACUCGAGUCCGGCCGAGUUGAUUAUUUGUAAAAAAAACUUAAAACUGUGUUUAUCAAAUAUCACGUUAAUUUGCACAAUAUUACAAGUGAAGUUUGUGGAUGUGACUUAGGGUUAGUUACAUAAUAAGGCUGCACGUUAAAUUGAUUUGCCGUAAAAAAUUGCAUUUCUUGCAAGAUGCUGUUGGGGAGUGGAGGUGCAGGUCGUCCCUUGAAGUGCGUACCGUGUGACCUCUGGUCUAGUAGUUACGAAUACUGGCUGAGCCAUCUCAGCUCGGAAUCACAUCAGGCCCAGGUUGGGUCCUUGGACAACGGUCACGAGGCCUGGAUUGAGGACAAGGAUUGCUGCCUCCAAGUGACUGAAGUAAAGGACAUUAGCACUCAGUCGUUAAUUGCAUAUCUUGCAAAAUUUGGAACAAUAAUUGACCUCGUUAGACAACAAGAUGAAAGAAGGACGGAAUUUUAUUUCGUAAAGUAUGAUUCUCAAGAACCAGUCAAUAAAAUUUUGACGGGUCAAAAGAAAGUAGCUCAUCAAAUUCAAGGGAAGCAAAUAUUUUUCCGUCGAAAGUAUGAAUACGCCCAAGGGAUGCCAGAGUUGGCGAGUCUAGCGAAACGAUCAAAUCAAGCCCAGGAUUUGAAUAAUAGUGCAACCGGUGAUGCAAAUGGGCCAGCAGUGUCGAGUAUUGGACUUUUGGCGUCAGAAUAUUGGGAGUCCAAUGAUGACGAUGAUCCGACGGCAUUGGAGUCUCUUCAGACCAUGUACACUGAGGAGGAGGAAGAAGAACUUUUGAAAAGCCCACAGAGUGAGACUAACCUAGAUCAAGAAUCGGUGGCUGCGGAUCCACCUGACCCAGGGAUCCACGAAGAAAGAGGAACGGAUGAAAAGGAACAAAAGAAAACUGAGGAGGACGACCAUGAUUUAUUCAGUACAAAGAUGAUUGAGCAUUUAUCCAAAGUUUUAUCAGAUAUGACACUCGAAGAUCAGUUGGAAACCUUUUGCAAGAAUAUCAUACUCUCUGAGCCAUUUUUGGAAGGACGACAUAAAAUUUUGCAAGAAUUGUCAGCCUUAAUCAAAUCCAGGUAUCCUAAAUGCACCCUUUUUCCGUUCGGGAUGGAUCAUGUAGGAAUUGGCAAUAAUGCUGAUCCAGUCCAUGUUUUUGUUGAUUUGUUUGACAAUGUGCUAUCCGUUCAGAAACAACCUUGGGAAAUAAAUUCAUCUCAACAUUGGAAUAAUCUGUUUCAAAUUCUCAAAGUGGAACAGGAUAAUUCGAGGUUUUGCUCCAAAGUUUCCAAAACUGAAGACAUUAUAAAUUUUGUACAUGUAGAGUCAGGAAUCAUUGUCACUUUGAACAUCUCGUCGCCAAGAUAUGCACUUGUCCAAGAAGCCUCCCUGCUGAAAUUUUAUUGUACUAUCGAUCCCCGAGUUCGACCAUUAUUGGUAUUAAUACGAUAUUGGUCUUCGACAAAUACAAUUCUGGACUCGCUUCCUGAAAAUACCAAUGGGCGAAUUUUAGUGUUGCUCAUGCUAUUCCACUUGUCCAAUCGAAAUGUAAUUCCUACUUUGGCUAAGCUUCAGAGCGAGAAACCUGAUAGGAAAAUUAUUCAUGAAGGAAUAGAUCUGUCUUUUUCUACCGAUACGUCAAAACUUCCUGCUCCAAAUACACUCAUUUUACAGGAUAAGUCUAUCAUGGCUUUGAGCACAAUGAGCUUGAUGCAAGAUUUUUUCCAACGAUUUGGAAUAGCAAGUUUAAAAGACAAUGCAUUGUCAUUAUGGUAUGGCAAGUUUAUUAAGAAGGCCGAUUUAACUCCACAAAAUCAAAAAAAUUUACCCGACGAUUUUGCAACAAAGCUAAGAAUAGGUCCAGAUGGAGAUAUUUGUAAAAAGAGCCUUAACUUUGGAGAUUCAGAACAUCAAUUUUGUGUUCAAGAUUUGUUUGAUCCAAGUUUAAACCUUUCCCUUAAUAUUGACAAUGAUGGAAUGAAGAAAUUUCAAAUAACAGCGUGGAAAACCGGUGAAAAACUUGAACGUGUAUUGAACUCUAGCAAACCAUCUUUGAUGAACAUGUUCCUUACAACUGCUGAAGAUGAAAGAAUUGAGCAAGAAAGGGAAGCCGAAAAGCAGAGACAAUUUCAGGAAAUGCACAAAUUAGUUCAGCAAGAGCAGCAACGUUUACUUCAGAUAAAAAAUGCAAAAGAGUUGGAAGAAAAGCAGCGUAAAGAUCGUCAACAAGAAGAGGAAAGGAUUCAACGUCAGCGUGAAAGAGAACACGUGGAGCUGCUGCAGCAACGCCGUAAAAUUCGUGAAGAGGAAGAGCGAACGCAAAGGCUUCAAAAAGAGGACGAUGACCGGAGGCGUCGCCUUCAACGGGAAAGGGAGGAAGAGAGACAACGGUUUAUCAAAAAUGAGGAGAUGGAACAACGGCUUUUCAUUCAAAAACAACAAGAAGAACAGAAAUUCCAAAGACAACGAGAGCUGGAAAAACAGCAACAACAACCAAUUCAAAACCAGAGAUUGAAAGGAGAACAUGAUCGAACAGAAAGAUUGCGACACAAACCGUUUCAAAAAGAUCAAUGGAAUGCACCUCAAGUAGCGCCCCAGAAUAAUUCAGGUCCAACUUUCAGCAAAGCAAACACUCGUACGGCGUUUGGGGACAGUAGCACGAAUCCAAAUCUUUUUCCACUUGGACCACGACGUAAUCUUUCAACAAACACCGCCAGUUUAAUUAGGCAGGAGAUUAAUGGAUAUAAUACAAAUCAGAAUAACGCUAAUAAUGAUGAUCGUUACGAUGAUCGUUACAAGACACUUCCAUCAAACCAAGUUACUAGAAGAGACCCGAUUCGUGAACCUGGGGGGAUUAUUAGUAAUAACACAAGUAAUGCAAUUAUUACUACACCAAAGGAUGCGAAAAAGAUGGACCAAGAUGAUUGGCUUAACACAGAGUGGGAAGAAUUUAGCAAAAGUCUGGAGCAACCGACAUUGCAGCCCCCUUCUUCAUUUCUCAACUAUGCUCAAAAGAAACCCAUUGCACCUGUAGCCCCGUCACAGAAAAUGCCAAUUCUUCGAAACCCAAAUCUGUCAAUAUAUUCUGAAGAACCACCACCUCCUCCUCCUCCAAAGUAUCCACGCAUGCAGCAUUAUGGAGGAGGAGUAUCGGAUUAUGUUGUUGAUCAUUUAUCAUUGGGCGUGACUGCUACGAAAGGCCCAUUACGUUAUGAGGAUGGUACUGCCUUUAGCCAAGAGGACGCAAGCCAUGGUAAAUCUACAAGACGACAAAGUACAGAGUUUCUGGACUCAGAAACUUCCGACGAUAGCUCAUCCUCAGAAGACGAGCAAGAAGAGGAUGGUUAUGAAAUGCCUAUUGAAAAUAGCAGACUUCUCAAUCCAUAUCCAGUUCCAAAAAUGACGUUGUGCCCUUUCAUAAAAAACUUGUUUUGUGAAGCUAUUGAAUCGAAUGACUUUGCUUAUGGAAUUCGAGGAAAAUUACAAACAUUAUUCCUUCAAUUUAUGAAGGAAUUUAACAACAGAUUUUGGAAAAAAUGUUUUGGGUUUGAAAUUGAAUUGGAUCCAACCUAUCAAGAUACUAGCCCCGCAGAUUAUGCAAAGUUUGGGGAUAAGAAAUCUGCAAAAAUGACCGAUUUACUUAAUUCUGUUCCAUGCUUUGAAGAGAACUUCACUACAACCUUUUUCUGUCAAAGUACUGGGAAACUAUCUACUCUAUUAACCCAUGCGCAGCCAAGUGAUCUCAGGAAUACGAAAUUUAUUCGAAAACAAUCCACUCCGAUGCUUAAAGUAUUGAUGGAUGAAGUGCCUGCACAUUUGGUUUGUUCAAGUCAAAACUUACGAUUCAAAGUGGAAGUUUCUAUUGUUCUUGACUACACCAAUUUGAACAAACAAUGUCGUCCUUAUGUAAAAAUGUCGUUCGACAAGGGAUUAUCAACUCAAAAUGAAACGCUUGUAUUAUUCCAAUUUUUUGGAAAACUCUACAAUAAAAUGGGCACCCAAUUUUUAACAUACUGCUUCAAACGGUGGCUUGCUUCCUGUAUUGAUUUUGAUAUGAAAACUGCGGAACAGAAAUGUAUGCUCCUCAAACAUCAGAAUAUUGAAAGUGGGAAGACUCUGUCAAAAAAGCAAAGACGAGGACUUCGUCGUCUGAAACGAGCUGAAAAGAAAAAACAAAAAAAGAUGACAGAGUUUCAAGCUACCAGUUGGGCUGCUUCCACUGUUCCUCCGCCGCCACCACCACUUAACCGACCUAGCGUUGGGAGUGGUGAUUAUGAAAUUGGUAGUCGAUACCAGCAACCCUCAGGGAAUAGCAGCAUGUACUCAGCUAUGGGUGGUGGACAACGUAGUGGCUCAAAUUUGUUCAACACCCCUCAACCUCAGCAGCAACCCCCCCUGACUCAAUAUCAAAAGGAAUUUCAACAACAGCAACCACCUGCACAACAACAACUUCCGCUAGCUCAACAAGGAGGACGAGGAGGACGAUUUGUUCCUGGACGUGGAAAAACGUUUCAAAUUCCUCCAAAUUGGGAUAGAACUAUGAACAUUACCAAUCCCAAACCAUCCCCAAAUCCUCCAAACAUGUAUCGACGCCAGUUUUAACCUAUAAUUUCUACCUGCUUGUAGAUACGAACCCAAUUAUAUAGUUUGUUGAAUUUUUGUUUUUGUUGCUAUUUCAGCAAAAUAUUUGGAAUGUUAUACAUUUGGAUGAAAUGCAUAAUUAUUGGGGAUGCAAUCAUUAUCAUGAUGCUACAACUACUUAUUGGAGAGCGAUUAUCAAAUCAAUCAAUCGUAUUUCGUACUUAUAGAUAGACUGUUAUUACUUUUAUACAGCAAGGUUAAAACAGCUUGCUAAAAAAUUGUUCCUUCUAACUUUCAUGCUAGUACUAUACAUAUAUUAGUAAAUACUACUCUCUACCAUCAUUUCAUAAUUUGUAUACUAUUUAUGUAUGCAUUAUUUAGUAAUUUGUCAUAAUAUUAUUGUUGUGCUUGCUUAUUGUAUAUUUGCAUAGUAUGCAAAUUAUAAUGGCAGAGGAUAAUGAAUCUUAAUUCCUAAUUUAUACAAUAUUUUAUAGGGUGCCAAUUUAACCGUCCAACGAAAAUAUAGCUUUAUCCAACCAAAAUUAAUAAUUUCGCCAAUUAUGAAAUGGGCAACGAAUUGAUUUAUUUUGCAACAACUUUCAUUAAAAUGCACAACAAAAUAAUUAAAUUUCCAAAUAAGAAAUAAACGAAUUCCUUGUCCUUAAGUACUUCAAAUUUUACGAUAAAUAAGAAGGUAUAAAUAUUUAGUCAACAAUCAAGGCAUUUCCACCAAUUUCCAGCAAUUUUGGUUGGAAUAAACUAAAUUUUCGUUGGAUGGUAUAAAAUUGACCCUAUUUUAUAUACCGAAAUUUAUAAAAUGUUACUUAAAAACCACGUCAAAGACUGAUAAUAAAAAAAAAUUGAAUAAAA